UAGUAACACGUCAUUCUACUGGAGUCGCCCAACCUCUUCUCGGUCUCAUUUCUGGUGUCCAUUGGGAUUUCUUUCUCAAAUGCUGAUAAGAAUUUAUGUAUAACAGCCUAACAUUUUCUUUCAUCUGGAUUUCCCACUGGAUCUGAAUUAAAGUUGCGAUGGCAACGUACCAGGAGUUUAUCCAGCAGAAUGAGGAUCGGGACGGCGUGCGUUUCAGCUGGAACCUGUGGCCGUCGAGCCGGCUGGAGGCGACCCGGCUGGUGGUGCCCGUCUCGUGCCUCUUCACCCCGCUGAAAGAGAGGCCGGACCUGCCGCCGGUGCAGUACGAGCCGGUCCUCUGCAGCAGGGCCAACUGCAAGGCCGUCCUUAACCCUCUGUGUCAAGUUGACUUCCGAGCCAAAAUAUGGGCGUGCAACUUCUGCUUCCAGAGAAACCCGUUUCCUCCGUCAUACGCCGGCAUAUCGGACGUUAACCAGCCGGCUGAACUCAUGCCGCAGUUCUCCACAAUUGAGUAUAUAGUACAGCGUGGCCCCCCGACCCCUCUCAUCUUCCUGUACGUGGUGGACACGUGCCUGGAGGAGGAGGACCUGCAGGCGCUGAGGGAGUCCCUCCAGAUGUCCCUGUCCCUGCUGCCGCCCAACGCCCUGGUGGGCCUCAUCACCUUCGGACGCAUGGUGCAGGUCCACGAGUUGAGCUGCGAGGGCAUCGCCAAGAGCUAUGUGUUCCGCGGCACCAAGGAGCUGUCGGCCAAGCAGAUCCAGGAAAUGCUGGGCCUGAUGAAGCCAGCCGCCUCGGGCCCCCAGGGCCGUCCCGUGGCCCCUCAGGACCCAUCCGCCACCUGUAGGUUCCUGCAACCCGUCCAUAAGGUGGACAUGAACCUGACGGACCUGUUGGGAGAGCUCCAGAGGGACCCGUGGCCUGUUCCUCAGGGGAAGAGGCCGCUACGCUCCACUGGGAUCGCCAUGUCCAUCGCCGUGGGCCUACUGGAGGGAACAUACCCCAACACAGGGGCCCGCGUGAUGCUGUUCACCGGGGGGCCCCCGACCCAGGGCCCCGGCAUGGUGGUGGGAGACGAACUCAAGACCCCCAUUCGCUCCUGGCAUGACAUCACCAAGGACAACGCCCGCCAUCUGAAAAAAGCCACCAAGUACUACGAGGCCUUGGCCAGCCGCGCUGCUGUCAACGGCCACAGCAUUGACAUCUACGCAUGUGCUCUCGAUCAGACCGGACUGCUGGAGAUGAAAUGUCUGUCCAACCUUACUGGAGGCCACAUAUCAAUGGGUGACUCGUUCAACACAUCUCUGUUCAAGCAGACUUUCCAGAGGGUCUUCAGUAAAGACUACAAUGGGGAUUUCCGCAUGGCUUUUGGGGGCACGUUGGAAGUCAAGACAUCCAGGGAGCUGAAGGUGUCCGGAGCAAUCGGGCCUUGUGUCUCCCUCAACGCCAAGGGACCUUGUGUUUCAGAGAACGAGCUGGGUGUCGGGGGUACGACCCAGUGGAAAAUCUGCGGCCUCAGUCCUUCCACCACAUUGGCCUUAUACUUUGAAGUGGUCAAUCAGCACAACGCCCCCAUCCCGCAGGGAGGUCGAGGAGCCAUCCAGUUCGUCACCCAGUACCAACACUCCAAUACUCAGAAGAGGAUCAGGGUCACCACCAUAGCCAGGAACUGGGCCGACGCCCAGUCCCAGAUCCAGCACAUCGAGUCGUCUUUCGACCAGGAGGCCUCGGCCGUCAUCAUGGCCAGGCUGGGAGUGUUCAGGGCGGAGUCAGAAGAUGGGCCGGACGUCCUGCGCUGGCUCGACAGACAGCUGAUCCGGCUGUGUCAGAAAUUCGGUCAGUUCAACAAAGAUGACCCCACCUCCUUCAAGCUGUCGGAGUCCCUGUCACUCUAUCCACAGUUCAUGUUCCACCUGCGACGGUCGCCUUUCCUGCAGGUGUUCAACAACAGCCCGGACGAGUGCUCCUACUACAGGCACCACUUUGUCCGUCAGGACCUCACCCAGUCCCUCAUCAUGAUCCAGCCCAUCCUGUACUCGUACUCCUUCCACGGGCCACCAGAGCCUGUUCUCCUGGACAGUGGUAGUAUCCUGCCAGACCGGAUCCUUCUCAUGGACACCUUCUUCCAACUGGUCAUCUAUCACGGAGAGACCAUCGCCCAGUGGCGGAAGGCGGGUUACCAGGAGCAGCCGGAGUACGAGAACUUCAAGCAUCUGCUGGUAGCGCCCCUGGAUGACGCCCAGGAGAUUCUGCAGAACCGGUUUCCCAUGCCCCGCUACAUCGACACGGAGCACGGAGGGUCACAGGCGCGCUUUCUCCUGUCCAAGGUCAACCCCUCCCAGACGCACAACAACCUCUACGCCUGGGGGCAGGAGACGGGAGCCCCCAUCCUCACCGAUGACGUCAGUCUACAGGUGUUCAUGGACCACCUGAAGAAGCUGGCGGUGUCCAGCGCCGCUUGAAUCCCCCUCCCCCUGGUACCGAAACCGCAGCUUUCUAACCAGACAGAAAUAUCAGCAAUUCUGUUUCGUGUCUGGCUGACGAGGCGACCGAAGUGAAGGACGCUAAAGGAGAUAGUCAAGGAGCGGGAGAGCCAUUCAUAUAAGGACCUAUACAUUUCACUUGGUUUUAAACCCAAAAUGUUAUGAUUCCCAGGUUCAUGUUUCCAGAAUUUUUCAACCCUAAAAUUGUGACAUACAAUAACUUCUCCCCGUUACUGGAAAAGCCAAACUCGAUUGAGGGGAAGAUAUUCAUAAAUUCUUACAUUCCCUCAUACUAGGAAAAACUAUUAUCAUUAUUGGGCAAAGGAUUAUAAUUAGUUUACUUGUUUGUCUGUGCUAACUAGCUACUGUAGCAGUUUGGUCAGUUUAGGCUGCUCAAUAUCAUGAUGCUUUUAACUAUUUAAAUACUGUAUGUGCUUCAUUUUGUCCCUGUCUAGUUUGUUUUCCACGAAAAUACCCCUCAAAAUGUGGGAUACAUAAUGUUUUGAGUGAAUGCAAGUCUAUAGAGCUACUCUUAAUACUUGUUAAUACAGAAAGACUUGACAUUCAAUGAAGAACAUUGCUAUUCUAUUAAAUACCACAUUCCUAUUUUUAGCCUAGUCUGACUGCUUUUUCCAUUCUUCUAUUUCUUCUGUCAUCAGGCAUUUUGUACUACUUCCUCCCAUCAUGACUGUUCCUUUACCUGUUUACAUGGUCUCUUCCUGAUGUUAACACUUGUACUUACUGUAAAAAGGGAAUGUUAAUUAAUUGAUUUCUUAAUGCUAUGCAUAUAAAGUAUUUCAAGACAACCAUA